AGAAGACGACACAGUUGAGAGUAGAAGAAGACUUCCUCCACGACUUUGACGUUUAGCAGCAGUCUGUCCUGACCUUCUCGCAGCAGCGUGACAAACUGAAAGAUGGCUGGAAACGCAAUAUCAGCUUGGUGGGUCCAAAUGAGACCUUACGCCAAGGCAUACAAGGAGGUAUGGCUGGGCCUUGGCAUCAUGACAUUUCUGUACUACAAAGUUUCUUACGGAGGCAACAAGGCUGUGAAGGACAAGCCUGCACAUUAAGUUUUCCACCAUGUCGACCACCCCUCACCAUCCUGUGAAAUAAUGCCCCAACUAUUAGUCCACCUUCAUAUUUGAAUUUUUGUUUAUAUGGAACGAAUAAAGUUGCUUUCCAAAACUUAAA